AUGUUAAACCAUUUACAUUUGCUAUUACCAAUACUAGUAUUUAUAUCAUUCUCAAAUUGUAUCCAAGUAGAGGAAGAACUUAUUCUUAGAGGGGACAUACCAGACAACGAAAAUUAUGAGAUUUCAGGUACAUUGUCUCUAGUUGAUGUUUAUGGUCCACUCGGAACCAUCAAUGUCAAUACAGGAGGAGAACUUUUCUACACAUGGGUCCUAGGGACUUCGCUGUUACUUCCUACAAUAUCAUUUGGAGCCAUUCUGAAUAACGGAAUUUUCCGGUUCGACACUAAUAAUAGAUACAUUACUCCUCAAACUUAUGAAUUUGAAACAAUCGAAAACUUCGCUCAAAUGGAAUUUAAGGAUUUGACCAAUCCAAGCCUAGAACCUCGGGUCAAUACAUUGAAGAAUUAUGAAGAUGCCAAUUUUUUUGUUGACGUGGGUAGUAUUGUAAUAUCUGAGUUAAUGAAUCUGGGAAAAAUGUGCAUUCGAAAUAAUGCAUUGGUUGCAAUCGAAAAGGAAACCAAGCCCAUGGGAAACCCAGGAUGUAUUCAACUACUGAAUAAGGCGAAAUUGAUGCCUCGGACAGAUUUGCUUUCAAAAGUUUGCUUUUCUGCAAAUGGGGAGGAAGGAACAGUCCUUGAUUUAACCGAAUCCAUUCCGUCUAUAGUCUGGUUGGCGCAGUUUGGUGGUACGAACGUGAUUCGCCUUCAUGUAAACGUGGUAUGGAUCAGCUAUAAUCUGCCAUAUCUUGAAAUAGGCGCUGUCCUGGGAAUUGUAGAAGAAUUUACUCUUGAUGUUGGACCAGGCUAUGAUCAAAGCAAGUUUAUCUUCGGUGGCUCCGGCAUGUCCAUACUUGAUAUCAAGUAUCUGACUAUUCCAGCAGAAGCAAACAUUUGUACUUGUAAUUGUGAAUUCCUAGAUCCUACUGAAUUCCCAGGUACCAUGCCUACAAUUUCAACUCAAACAACACUUGGUCGUACUGAAACACUUACAAUUACUACCACUGAUGAUCGUUGGACUACAAUCACACCUCAGGUUGAACCCGAGACUUCUACCUUCGAGGAAACUUCAACAAUCUCGGAACCAGAAGCAACUACAUCAGAACCCGAAUCAACUACUUCAGAAGAGGAAUCAACCACUGCAGGAAGAGAAUCCGCCACUUCAGAAAUAGAAUCCACUACCACAGAACCAGAAUCCAGUGCCUCAGAGAUAGAAUCAACUACUUCAGAAGCAGAAUCAACAACUUCGGAACCUGAGUCAACUACUUCAGAAGAAGAAUUAACCACUGCAGGAAGAGAAUCCGCCACUUCAGAAAUAGAAUCCACUACCACAGAACCAGAAUCCAGUGCCUCGGAAAUAGAAUCAACUACUUCAGAAGCAGAAUCAAGUACUUCGGAACCUGAGUCAACUACUUCGUCCGAACUUGAGUCAACUUCAGAAAUAGCAGCGACGACUUCCGAACCUGAGUCGACUAUUGUAACUAGUAGUGCAUAUUCCGAAUCAACUCUGGAGAUUCCAUCAGGAGCGGAUUCAAGUGAACAAACAGGGAGUGAAACGCAGGACAGUAGCGCAACCGACACGGAAGCAUCUUCUGUACCACAAGAUCCCACCACAGCAUCUCCUCUGGAACUAAGCACUGUAGGACCACUGUCUGAACCUACGUUAUCUGAUAAGCUGGAUGCCACUAGAACAACUAUGUCUAGCACAGAACCUGAAUCGUCGACCACUAGUACCACUGAUACAAAAAGUACAACCAUGAUUACAACCGAGACGGCAACCACAACAGCUACAGAUACAACUCAGUCAGAAUCUACAUCCAACAAGACGGACACAAUAUCAACUGUUAUUACAAGCUCGUUUACCAAGUCAAUAUUAUCCACUUCUACAACGGCAACAACUGACAAGAUAGUAAGUACCGUUUCGACAGUUAUAACCAUUACAACCAGAGCCGUUAGCUACAGUGCUGGUACUAUCGAGCCCGGAAAAACAAUUCUGGAUAUCACAGUGCCCGCAUCUACUACUGGAAAGUAUGCUUCUCCAUACGGAACAAUAGUGAGAACAACUUCUGAUGGAACUGUGUCUGAUGUGACAAUGAUGAUAUCACCUGUUGUAAGUGAAAUUCUGGGAACGACUGGUAAGCAAGAUCCGACGGCAACAUUGUCUGUUGCUUCUCCCGAUGCCACUAUUUUACCGAUUGAAGAUUCUGCUGUAAGAACCGUUAGUGGGAAAAUGUUAAUGUUUGCUAUGGCUAUUUGCGGUUUUGCUAUGUUUGUUUAG